CGCUUGCCAACCGAAAUUUAUCAAAUGGUGCCAAUCUGGCGCAGACUACAAUUUUAUAAGGCUGUGUGGCCGGACGACGCGGGCUAAUGGCCGGACCGGCCGAGUGGCUGAGACUGAACGGCCAACUGGUGGCCGUUCCCAGUGUGGUCUGCGAGCGGCGGCCCGCCUUCGACGCCGCGCUCAGCCGCGCUGCCUGGGACGCGCUGGCCGAGCCGCAGCGCGACCACCUGCGGACGCUGCUACCCUCCUUUCCGGGAGACGAUGAUGGCAAGGAGCAGGAGGAGACACUUCGCCGACUGUUUGCCGGGGAGAACUUUCGGUUCGGUAACCCGCUGGACCAGUUCUUCUCGCUGCUGCACGACGGUCGGCUGACGGACCAGAUCCACUCGCUGCGGAGACUUACCGCCGAGACGCGCCAACGCGACGCAAAGGUAUGGCAGCAGAACUACAUGGACAACCUGCUGAGAGAGCUGGUGACGAAGCGGAAGCAGUUGUUGGACGCGGCCGUCAAAACGCCCCCGGAUGUUCCCAUAACACUGCCGCCCGCAAAGAAAAAGUGUCGGCGAGCCGUGCUGGAGCAGCGCGCCCGCAAGCGUUACUUCCGAGAGCUGGAGCUGGCGCGGGCAGAGGCCGGCUGUCCGGCCGACGAGCUGUCUCCGGACGAAAACUAUCCAGAAGGUCCGCCACCGGUGUUAUCACGGAAGCAGCAGCGCCACCUCACUAAACUGGAAGCUACGCUGGGCGGCGAGCACGUGCCGGUGGCGGCCACGAGCAGCCGGCUGACGACCCGCGGACCCCACCUGGUCGAGCACGCCUCGCCCGAGGAUAACCCGUACCAGGUGGCCGAGGCGCGGCUGGGACAGCUGCUGAAGCAGCAUCGGAAGCGCCGCGCCCGCGGACAGGUGCCUGCGGUCAGCGCGCGCGACCGUCAGCGACUGGACCUGCAGUCGCUGCUGAAGCGCUCCUCCCCGGCUGGUCAUUCCACCGACUCUGACUCGGACACAGCCGCUGUCGCCGCUCCCUCGAGGGCCGUGACCGCCACCGUCGUCAAAAAGUCCUCCACGCCUCCCCCGGCUCCUCCUCCGGCGCCGCCGCCUCCAUCUACCGUCAUCGCUCCCGCCCCAACCCCUACCGCCACCACCACCUCUGCCACCGCCGCCUGCUGGCAGUCCGCCGCGCUCGGCCAGAAAACACACACCAGCUUCUUCUCCCUGCUCCGUGACGUUCUGUGCUCGGACCCGGCCGACCGGCUGGCCGAGACGAGCGUGUACAGCGCGGUGACUGCCUGGCAGCGCUCGCCGAUAGCGGCGCUCAAUGACUGGUACGGCCGGGAGAGCAGCUGGGUGGAGGCGCUCGGGUCGGCGCUGGCCUUCCUGUCGGGAGAAGUGAGAGGUGUGCAACUGAUGUGA